AUGAAGCCAAUUCCCUACCAUGAAUCUCGCCCAUUGCACUCCCUAAUCGCCGUCUUUGCUGCCUGGAAAGGCUUCUUGCUGGCCGUAGCCCUCGGAACUACCGUCAGCCACGACUAUGACACGUCAACGUCUCUCUUCUUCCAGAGCUUGUACGGCUCAAGCGCCAAUGCAUCGGCCCUCGCAACCCGGUUGACGCGAUGGGAUGCGCUGUAUUUUAUGAAGGCUGCGCGCGACGGCUACGUUUACGAGCAGCAAUGGGCGUUUGGAGCAGCAUUGCCGCUCUCAGUCCGCGGUAUUCUGUGGCUCUUGAAGCCGUUGACGCAACUGGUCAGCGAUGAUGCCGCCGCCCUCGAGCCCAUGGCGGCCAUCGCAUUUACAACCUUUGCUCAUCUAUUAGCUGUUCUGGCUCUUCACAGGCUCACUCUCGUUCUCUUCGGCAAUAAAUCACUGGCCUACGUGGCAGCGGUUCUGCACAUUCUCUCUCCAGCCGGCCUCUUCCUAUCCGCCCCUUAUGGAGAGAGUCCGUUUGCCUGCCUGUCCUUUGUCGGCAACCUGCUGUUCGCCACGGGUCUUCGGCCCGGUGCUGGCCUUUUCAAACGGACCCUGGCUUUUCUCGGCGCGGGCAUUUCGUUUGGAUUGUCCACUGCUUUUAGGAGCAACGGCUUGAUCAGUGGACUCUUGUUCGCCGUGGAAGCGACCAGGUGCUUGCUCGCUUUUUUCCGCCAGCCAAGCUUUUCAAAGCUAGUGCUGCUCGCUUCCUUGAUUAUUGGAGGGCUCUCUAUUGCGGCUGGUAGUGUUGUGCCGCAAACGGUAGCGUGGUUUAGAUAUUGCAAAGUUGAUCUCGCCGACACGGAACCAAGGCCGUGGUGUUCUCGCUUGGUGCCCAGCAUAUAUACCUUUGUUCAAGAAUACUAUUGGAAUAAUGGGUUUUUGAGAUAUUGGACCCCAAACCAGCUGCCACUGUUCAUAUUGGCCAGUCCUGUACUCACAUUUCUCAUCAAGUCGGGAGUACAAGUUAUACGUAACUUGGGCCAAGGACUUUCUAAAUCCACACCAGUGGUCCCAGAGUCGCUUCAUACCUUUGUACUUACACUGGCUGUGAUCCAGACGGUGGUUGCUGUCUUGGCCAUUACCAACUUCCAUGUGCAGAUCAUAACCCGGCUUGCAUCUGGGUAUCCCGUAUGGUAUUGGUGGGUGGCGAACAGCCUAAGCAACAUCGAGACUCGUAAAACGGGGUCCAUGAUUGUUGUCUUUAUGGUCAUGUAUGCCGGCAUCCAGGGAGGCUUGUUUGCGUCGUUUAUGCCGCCAGCAUAG